CACCCCUCCUCUCCGCUCCUGUGCCCUCCCGAGACGGCGAUCAUUCUAGUUCCUUCUCGAACCUUCUCCGCCCCCCAGCCCCUCUCCCGAACCGCCGCCGUUCCUUCCUUCUCCUUUCUCGGCCGCCCGCCCAUCCGAGUCUAGAAAAACCCCCAGCCAUGGCGCCGGAGCCCGUCGACGAUCCGGUGGUCGCUUCCUGCAAGGGCAUGUUGAAGAACUUCCGACUAAAAGAGCUGAAGGAUGUCCUGUCUAAGCUUGGACUUCCAAAGCACGGAAAGAAGCAGGAUCUGGUGGACAAAAUCCUUGCUAUACUGUCCGAUCAACAGGAUCAAGCCUCACGAAUUGAUGUAUUACCAAAGAAAAUGAUGCUUGGAAAAGAAACGGUGCUGAAAAUAAUCGAGGACACUUUUAGAAAAAUGCGCGAGCCUGCGACUGCGGUUUCAGCCUCUGGAAAUCAGAUUGAGCUGGGGCUCGCUGUAAAGCCUGUAAGUAAAUCAGAUGGUUCUGCUCAGCUGGAUGUGAAGGUCCGUUGCCUCUGUGGUAACUCCAUGGCCACUGGGUCCAUGGUUAAGUGUGAUCACCCGCGAUGCAAUGUAUGGCAACAUGUUGAUUGUGUCAUCAUACCUGAGAAGACUGCAUAUGGCGCUCCUCAAGAAAUACCUUCCAUCUUUUAUUGUGAAAUGUGCCGAGUCAGCAGGGCAGACCCUUUCUGGGUCACUAUUAGCCACCCAUUACUUCCAGUGUUACUACCUCCUUCUAACAUAGCGGCAGAUGGGUCAUAUACUGUACAGUAUGUCGAGAAAACCUUUCCAUUAUCAAGAGCUCAUAGAGAACUGCUACAGAAAGCUGAUUAUGACAUUCAGGUUUGGUGUAUACUUCUUGAUGACAAAGUUCCUUUUAGGGUGCACUGGCCUUUACAAUCUGAUAUGCAAGUUAAUGGUAUUCAUGUUAGGGUUGUCCAUAGGCAAGCUACACAGCAGCUGGGAGCCAAUAGUAGAGAUGAUGGUUUUGUAUUAACACAAUAUUUGAAAGAAGGUCCCAAUAAGAUUGUUCUAUAUAGAAGUGACUCUCGCACGUUCUGUUUGGGAGUCAGAAUUGCCAAGAAGAGAUCUCUGCAAGAGGUCCUAAAUUUGGUGCCAAAGGAGCAUGAUGGUGAGAAGUUUGAUGAUGCCCUUGCUCGCGUGCGUCGCUGUGUUGGUGGUGGAACUGAGGCAGAUAAUGCAGACAGUGAUAGUGAUAUUGAGGUUGUGGCAGAUUCGGUCUCUGUAAAUCUCCGAUGCCCUAUGACUGGCUCGAGGAUUAAGGUAGCUGGUAGGUUCAAACCCUGUGUUCACAUGGGUUGUUUUGACUUAGAAGCUUUCGUGGAACUUAAUCAACGCUCACGGAAGUGGCAAUGCCCAAUUUGCCUGAAGAACUAUUCCCUGGACAACUUAAUCAUUGAUCCUUAUUUCAAUCGCAUCACUUCAUUAAUCCAAACAUGUGGAGAUGAUGUAUCUGAAAUUGAUGUCAAGCCUGAUGGUUCCUGGAGAGCUAAGGGUGGAGCGGAACUGAACGAUCUUAUGCAGUGGCAUCUACCAGAUGGUACUCUCUGUAUGUCCACAGAGAUAGGAUCCAAACUCGACAUGGGUGAUUUAAAGCAUGAGCUUAGAGAACCAUUGCCUGAAGAGACGAGUUGCCGUCUUAAGUUGGGAAUUAGGAGGAACAACGAUGGCAAGUGGGAAAUUAGCAAGAGAGUGGAUGCUAAUUUGAGACCAUCUUCAGAGAAUGAUCAGAAAAGGCACUUUGAAAAUGGGAAACAAGUCACGCAUACUAGCAACACUAAUCAUGAGAGUGCCAAAGGUGGAAGUUAUAAUUUAGAACCGGGAAGAUUGGAUCACCCUACGAACAAUGUAUAUGAUCUCAAUACUUCUCCUGGGGAUGAGCAGGUUCCAAUAGUUCUUAGUGACUCGGAUGAUGAAAAUGCCACGGUGUUGUCUCCUAGCGAUGUGCUUUGUGGCUCAGCAAAUGACACUGGGAAUCAAUUUCCACCACCUAAUCCAACUGAGACUUCAGGAGGACCAGACGAAACUUCAUUUUUUCUUAACGAUAGCUUUGAUCUGGGGCUGACAUUUUGGGAGCAUCCUUCUGGUACGCAAGAUAAUCCUGCCACACAGGGAGUAGGUCAUCUAGGUGAACUGCAAGACUACCCUGCCAACAACUUAUCCCUUCAAGGGCCAGUCACUACGGUUAAUUUGGACCUAUUAGCAUCAGAAGCAAACCCACCAGAAUAUGGACAUGAUAGGGCGUUGCAAGCAUCUCUUACCCUUGAUUGCGCUGAUGAAAGUUUAGUUAAUGCCAAAAAUGCUUCCGAGAAAAAGCGGAGCCAUGUGGAUGAAAUUGCUGCUUCUGAUGAUUCAGUUCUCAGGAGUGUGAAUGAUGAUGGCGGCGACUUGGCUGGAGAUAGAUCUGGUGGCCCUUCCUCUCAGCAUCAACAGCCACGGUCAGUUCGGCCAAGAUACUGAUUAGCAUCUGUAGUUCGGGUGCUCCAUACUAUUCGUUGGCUGGCCCGGAAUGAACAGUUGCUCCAGUGUCUUCGAAGGACCUGAUCGGUGCUGAGAUGAAUGCAGUGGCAUCUAUACAAGUAGCAAUUCGUUUCUAUCUUCUUUUUGUUUGUCAUGGUGGCACUUUGGAGGCAGUAGAAUCAAUUUAGUGAAACGUGAACUGUACAGGGAUCAGCUCCAUUGUGUCUGUAGGCAAUGUUGUAGUAGCAUAUAGCAGUUAACUAAGUUAACGGUGGCGCUGCAAGGUUGUCCGUCUUCUAAAGAGUCUCCCUAACUUUUCCCUUUCAGCUUUUGGCAAGAAUUAAUGUGCCAUGCUUUGGUGGAGUAUGUUGUUUUCUGUAGCAACAGCAUGGGAUUUAGCGGUGGUAUUUCAAGGAAUCGCUA